CACGGCGACCACACAAUCGCGUGGCCAGUUCUGGGCUAACCCAGCAGCGCAGCCACGCUCGUCGCCUUCCUUCAUGCUCUCCUCUCUCUUCACUCGCUUGUUGCGUUCCUGUUUCAAGUGCCGCGUGGGUUGCCGCGCCAGAAUGUAGGUGCAUUUCGACGCCUGUAGUGGACAAGCUUGGCGUGUGUGGAGCUGAGCGUCGUUGGGUUUCAGCUGGGCGGGCGUCAUUUAGUUGGGCAAGACGUGCUGCCACCAUGGCAGUUCCAACCAUUCCUAGUCCAGCCUGUAUCUCGCAGUCGGCUAAUGGGUCCAUUAUCUCAACGCGACGUUCGACUGAAACCAACCCUCGACAGCAUCCGUCGACUUCUUAUCGAUGCGCUGGAAGAGUAGUUAGGAGACAAGGUAGGAGCGCAAUUAGCAGGUCUGGAAGCAGGUAUUUACAUGAUUUAGAGGCCGGUCGUUCACUGCUGAAAAGGGUUACUCUGAGAAGAGAUUGGGAUUCUAGGUUGGAUGAGAAAGACCAAUAUCCCAGGCUUGGUGCAAGAGCGGCUGCGACGUUUGAAGCAAAACCUGAAAAUGCUGAGAAAGAUUAUUCUAAAAAUGGGAAAGCUGCCAAUAAAGGUGUGGACAAUGGGAAGGAUCGAUUAGCUAAAGUUCCAAUCUCGAACAUCAGAAACUUUUCUAUCAUCGCACAUAUUGAUCAUGGGAAAUCAACAUUAGCCGACAAGUUGCUGCAGACCACUGGCACCGUUCUUGCGCGAGAAAUGAAGGAGCAGUUUCUCGACAACAUGGACCUUGAACGAGAGAGGGGUAUUACCAUUAAGCUUCAAGCAGCUCGUAUGCGCUAUGUGGAUGAAACCGGUGAGGCUUACUGCCUGAAUUUGAUUGAUACUCCGGGCCAUGUGGACUUCUCGUAUGAGGUGUCCAGGUCUCUGGCAGCUUGUGAAGGUGCCCUCUUGGUGGUGGAUGCUUCUCAAGGAGUAGAAGCUCAAACCUUAGCCAACGUGUAUUUAGCCCUCGAAUCAAACCUAGAAAUUAUCCCUGUGCUCAACAAGAUCGACCUUCCUGGGGCUGACCCUGAGCGCGUGCGGAGGGAGAUUGAGGAGAUAAUAGGCUUGGAUUGUAGUGAAGCCAUUUUGUGUUCUGCAAAGGAGGGAGUUGGAAUUCCCGAGAUCUUGAACGCAGUGGUUAAGAAGAUUCCCCCACCGAAAGACACAGCCGCAGAGCCUCUUCGCGCAUUGAUAUUCGAUUCCUACUACGAUUCCUAUCGGGGAGUUGUCGUGUACUUCAGAGUGAUGGAUGGAAGGGUGAAGAAAGGGGACUACGUUCAGUUCAUGAACAGCAAGACCGAGUAUCAGGUGGACGAGGUAGGAGUUUUGUCUCCUAUUCAAAUGCCAGUGAAUGAGUUAUACGCUGGUGAGGUGGGUUACUUGUCAGCAUCCAUCAAAUCCGUGGCUGACGCAAGAGUUGGGGAUACUAUUACUACAGUUUCUCGGAAAGCUGCCCAGGCUCUACCUGGGUACCAGUUGGCUACUCCUAUGGUGUUCUGUGGGCUGUUUCCCAUCGACGCAGAUCAAUUUGUAGAGCUUCGAGAAGCCCUCGAAAAGUUGCAGUUAAACGAUGCAGCACUGCAAUUUGAGCCAGAGACAUCCAGUGCGAUGGGCUUUGGUUUCCGAUGUGGGUUUCUGGGUCUCCUGCACAUGGAGAUCGUGCAGGAAAGACUGGAAAGAGAGUACGGCCUCGACCUCAUCACCACUGCUCCCAGUGUGGUGUAUCGUGUCCAUUGCACCGAUGGCACUAUAACUGAAUGUUCAAAUCCUUCUGCUUUGCCAGAUGCUGGAAAACGCAAAUCCAUCGAGGAGCCAUACGUAAGAAUAGAGCUUCUCACGCCGAAGGACUAUAUAGGUCCUUUGAUGGAACUAGCACAAGAAAGGCGUGGAGAGUUCAAGGAAAUGAAAUUCAUUACAGAGAACCGGGCUUCGUUGGUGUACAUGUUGCCCUUGGGAGAAAUGGUAGGUGACUUUUUUGAUCAGCUGAAGUCACGUAGCAAAGGCUACGCAAGCAUGGAGUACUCUGUCAAGGGUUAUCGAGAAAGCAAGUUGGUGAAGCUCGACAUUAGGAUUAAUGAUGAGGCUGUCGACCCCCUUGCGGUCAUUGUGCACCAGGAUAAGGCUUACAGUGUUGGCCGGGCACUUACUCAACAACUGAAGAAGUUGAUUCCCCGUCAGCUGUUCAAGAUCCCAAUCCAAGCCUGCAUCGGCUCAAAGGUGAUUGCUAGUGAGAAUAUUGCAGCCAUGCGCAAAGACGUUCUUGCAAAAUGUUAUGGUGGAGACAUUAGUCGGAAGAAGAAGUUGCUGAAAAAGCAAGCUGAGGGUAAGAAGCGCAUGAAGUCAUUGGGCAGGGUGGAUGUUCCUCAAGACGCUUUUAUGGCCAUCCUAAGGUUGGAGAAAGAAGUCGUGUAAACUAGUUCAGGAUUUUAGUAGGCUAAAAGAAUUUGCUAUAGAAGCGUGGCUGUUAAUUCUAAAUUGUUUCAAAAGUAUUUUCAAUUGUUACCAUUACCCCGUCUGGUAGCUUGCUGCCUGGGCUCGCUAGUGUCGCUUUAGAAUCGCGUUGCUGCCUUGACAAGCGUAGAUCUUACCCUUCUUUCAGGGAUCCAAAACAUUGUUUGAAUUUACAUGUGACUAAUACUGCAACUCCAGACUGGUUUUUAUUUAUUGAAGGCAGUAACAUGACUGCUUUUGCUAA